GAAGCCGUGGCCGGGAUGAGCAUGAGCCUGGACGAGCGGUUCGGCCUGCUGAUGAGCAUCGGGGAGGAGUGCAUCCAGGAAGACGAGCUCAGGCAGCUGCUUCAGCACAAGCCAGUCCCGGUCUGCUACGACGGAUUCGAGCCCUCCGGCCGCAUGCACAUUGCUCAGGGUAUUGUGAAGACAAUUAAUGUUAAUAAGAUGAUCAGAGCGGGAUGCAAAGUGAAAAUCUGGAUAGCAGACUGGUUUGCACAGCUAAACAACAAGAUGGGCGGUGACCUGGAGAAAAUCCAGACCGUCGGGCGCUACAUGAUCGAAAUAUGGAAAGCAGCCGGUAUGAACCUGGACGGUGUUGAAUUCUUAUGGUCUUCGGAAGAGAUCAAUAAACGUGCAAAUGAAUACUGGCCACUUGUAAUGGACAUUGCCAGGAGAAAUAAAGUCAAACGAAUAACAAGGUGUUGUACGAUUAUGGGCCGCGCUGACAGUGAGGACCUAACUGCUGCACAAAUCUUCUAUCCUUGCAUGCAGUGUGCUGACAUAUUCUUCCUGAAGGCGGACAUAUGUCAGUUGGGCAUGGACCAAAGGAAGGUAAACAUGUUAGCGAGGGAAUACUGUGAUGACAUCAAGAGGAAGAACAAACCAAUUAUUCUGUCACAUCAUAUGCUCCCCGGUUUCAAACAAGGCCAGGAGAAGAUGUCAAAAAGUGAUCCAACAUCAGCUAUCUUUAUGGAAGAUGAUGAGGCUCAGGUGAAAUUGAAAAUAAAUCAAGCUUUCUGCCCUCCUCCUCCUCCUCCUCCCAACACUGUUGACGAAAAUUCCAACAUUGUUGACGGAAAUCCAUGCCUAGAGUACAUCAAAUACAUUGUUUUCCCUUGGUUUGACAAGUUUGAGGUGGUUCGGAAAGAAAGAAAUGGCGGUAACAAGACAUUUUUAAGCAUGGAUGAACUCAUUGUUGAUUAUACGAGUGGUACUUUGCAUCCCGCCGACGUUAAAACUUCUUUGGCUAAAGCAAUCAAUGAAAUAUUGAAGCCUGUUCGUGACCACUUCAACACCAACAAUGAAGCCAAGGUUCUCCUCGACACUGUUAUGGAGUACAGGGCAAGCAGUUGACAAGCAAAGACCUUUCUGACCACUACAUGGACAACAUUGGAAGCAUGUCCAUCUUUUCUCGGGAGCAUUUCUUCAGCACAAAUUUUAUUAGCAUACUAAUACUUGUCCAUUUGUUGUUAUGCAUCUGAAAAGCAAUUUCUGAUUAUGUUGCUCGGUGUACAAUCUCUUUUUUUUAGCGUAGUGUCAGGUCACCUUCCUUGGAAAGGUUCAGACGUAUGGUCUGACGUUGUAGCAGAACAUUAAACUCAAGAUUAAAUGGUGUUCUUA